AUGGAGAAGUACGAGCCGGUCCGGGAGAUCGGGUCGGGCAACUUCGGGGUGGCCAAGCUGAUGCGCAACCGGGACACCCGCGAGCUCGUCGCCAUGAAGUUCAUCGAGCGAGGAUACAGGAUCGACGAGAACGUGUUCCGGGAGAUCGUGAACCACCGGUCGCUGCGGCACCCCAACAUCAUCCGCUUCAAGGAGGUGGUGCUCACGCCCACGCACCUCGGCAUCGUCAUGGAGUACGCCGCCGGCGGCGAGCUCUUCGAGCGCAUCUGCGACGCCGGCCGCUUCCACGAGGACGAGGCGCGCUACUUCUUCCAGCAGCUCGUCUGCGGCGUCAGCUUCUGCCACGCCAUGCAGAUCUGCCACCGCGACCUCAAGCUCGAGAACACCCUCCUCGACGGCAGCCCCGCGCCGCGCCUCAAGAUCUGCGACUUCGGUUACUCAAAGUCGUCGGUGCUGCACUCGCGGCCCAAGUCGACGGUGGGCACGCCGGCGUACAUCGCGCCGGAGGUGCUGUCGCGGCGCGAGUACGACGGGAAGCACGCGGACGUGUGGUCGUGCGGGGUGACGCUCUACGUCAUGCUCGUGGGCGGCUACCCGUUCGAGGACACCAAGGACCCCAAGAACUUCCGCAAGACCAUCGCGCGGAUCAUGUCGGUGCAGUACAAGAUCCCCGAGUACGUGCACGUCUCGCAGACCUGCCGCCACCUGCUCUCCCGCAUCUUCGUCGCCGACCCGCGCAAGCGCAUCACCAUGGCCGAGAUCAAGGCGCACCCCUGGUUCCUCAAGAACCUGCCGCGGGAGCUCAAGGAGGAGGCGCAGCAGGCCUACUACAACCGCCGCCACGCCGCCGACGUCGCCCCCUCCUCCAACGGCAGCUCCGCCGGCCCCGGUGCGGGCGCGACGGCCUCCUCCAAUGGCGCCGCCGCAGUGCCCGCGCCCGCGCCGGCCUACUCGGCGCAGAGCGUGGAGGAGAUCAUGAAGAUCGUGCAGGAGGCGCAGACGGUGCCCAAGCCGGACAAGCCGGUGACCGGGUACGGGUGGGGCACCGGCGACGGCGAGGCGUCCGACGAGGAGGACGGCAACCAGGAGGGGGAGGAGGAGGAGGAGUACGGCGAGGACGAGUAUGACCGGACGGUGCGGGAGGUGCACGCCAGCGGGGACUUCGGCAUGAGCAAGCUCCAAAUCUGA